AUGAGACAAAGCUUCCAACCACAGGAUGAACUUAAUGACAACACACGUCAGGCAAUGCCGAUCACAAAGUCGAGAGCAACUCUUGUGAAUGGAAUCCCGGCAAAUGGAGAAGAUUACCUACUCCAUGUGAGGCAACAAGCUAGUCGGUGUGCCCAGACAGUAGUUGCGCCUCAUCCAAAACACCCUCAGAAUAUUAGUCUCCCAUCGAAAUACAGCUUUUCUUUUGAUACAGUAACUACCCCUAGCCACCUCUUGCCGUCCAAAGAAUGGCAAGACAGCUUUGGACGAUCCUUCAACUGCAAACCACCACAAAAGGCACCGCCUAUACCAAUGUCUAACAAGAACGAGUGGUACACAUUUUGCUAUACGGGUGUACCAUCUAUUGUCCAGUUGAGUUGCGUAGAGCAUAUGUCACAGCGCCUUAUUCUUAGGUUAUUGUCCUACUUUAAAGAAUGGCUUACCGACAUGACCGAAAAAGAGUCUAUAUGGAUCUUUACGCUCCUUGUCUACCUGGAUCCCGUCAUGUGUGCCGAUAGCACAUCCCUACUCAGAGAACUCUCUCGUAAAUCAAUAGAGAUCCGUAACACCAAAACAGAGCAAGACGACAAUCUGGUUAGACUUAACACGAUCAUAACUAUAAUUGCUAAAGCAUUCGGUCAAGCAGACUUAAUCUAG